UGCUUCUUAAACUUAAUUUACCUCAUAUAUGAAUAUGAGUUGAAUUCUUUACAGAACAUUCUCCAAAGAAAUAUAUACAUAGAAGAGAGUUAUAUAUAUAUAUUAUAUCAGUACAUCACCAUCUGUCUCUCCCUCUAUCUUAAGCCUCGAAGUACAGCAAUUUCUUGCCCUUUUUAGUUUCCUUUUCCUUUUCCUUCCCUUUGGAAACUCAUCAAAACCUCAACCUGAACGUACUUUAGCUAGCGGUAGCUAUUUAGUUGCGUAGUAGCUAGCUUCGUAUAGCUAACAAAAAGGAUAUAUAUAUAUAGUGGUGGUAUAAAAAAAAUUAGUCUCAAAUUGCGGUCUGUUCAUGGAUUGCUUGAGAGAAAUACAAGGAAAACAAGCUCACGAUCCCAUAUUCAUAGAGAAGAUGAAUACGUCGGCGUCGUGGCGUUGCAUAUGUGUUCCAGGGCCACUUAUCGUUGGUGCAGGGCCUUCGGGUCUAGCCACAGCAGCUUGCUUAAAAGAGAAAGGGGUGCCAAGUGUAGUCCUAGAGAGAUCCAACUGCAUAGCAUCUUUGUGGCAACUCAAGACCUACGAUCGUCUACGCCUUCACUUGCCUAAACAGUUCUGCGAACUUCCUCUGAUGGGGUUCCCUACUGAUUUCCCUACUUACCCUAUUAAGCAACAAUUCGUGGACUACUUGGAAGCAUACGCAAGGGAGUUCGACAUUAAACCACGGUUCAAUGAGACGGUUUCCCAAGCCGAGUACGACGCGACGCUGGGGUUUUGGCGGGUGAAAAGCGUUGGAGUAAAUGGGAAAGGGACGGAAUACGUGUGCCGGUGGUUGGUGGUGGCGACGGGAGAGAAUGCGGAGGCUGUGAUGCCGGAGAUGGAAGGAAUGGGAGAGUUUGGUGGGGACAUAAGGCAUACAAGUUUGUAUAAAAGUGGAGAAGAGUUCAGAGGAAAAAGGGUUUUAGUGGUGGGGUGUGGGAAUUCAGGAAUGGAGGUGUGUUUGGAUCUUUGCAAUCAUAAUGCUAGGCCUUCACUUGUGGUCAGAGAUACAGUGCACGUCCUUCCACGAGAGAUGCUGGGGCGAUCAACUUUCGGGUUGUCCAUGUGGUUGCUCAAGUGGCUACCCAUUCGGUUCGUCGAUCGCUUAUUGCUGAUUGUAACGUGGUUGAUGCUGGGUGACACCGCUCGCAUCGGAUUGGACCGGCCACGAUUGGGUCCCUUGGAACUCAAGAAUCUGUCUGGAAAGACCCCCGUCUUAGAUGUUGGCACGCUUGCCAAUAUCAAAAGUGGAGACAUUAAGGUAUGUCCAAGCAUUAAGCGCCUAAAACGACAUGCCGUGGAGUUUGUUAAUGGCAAAACUGAGAACUUUGAUGCAAUCAUCUUAGCAACUGGUUAUAAAAGCAAUGUACCCUCUUGGCUAAAGGAAAGAGAGAUGUUCUCAGAGAAAGAUGGGUACCCUCGAAGGCCAUUCCCUAAUGGGUGGAAAGGUGAAAGUGGGCUAUACGCCGUGGGGUUCACAAAACGUGGGUUACUUGGUACAUCAAUGGAUGCUAGGAGGAUUGCAGAAGACAUUGAACGGUGUUGGAAACAUGAAGCAAAACACCGUAUGGCCUUCACUCGUUCACUUUUGCAGCAACCUUCCUCAGAUUCAUCAUCAUAAUCUCCGUGGUUGAUUCAUUUUUCCCUUAGCUUUAUUUUUCUUGGGUUUUUUGAAUUAAAAUCGUCAGAGAGCGAGAGUUUUUUUGGUUGAAGAUGGAAGAUAUACUACAUAAUAUACUGCGUCUGCACGUGAACAUGCAGCAGUGGAUAUUGAUUGAUUCAUAGCCAAAGCCAAAGGCACAUGAGCAAAAUUAAGGAAGAGAGUUGUCUCAGUGAACCCUUGUCUCCUUUUUCUAGAUGACACCAAAGCCAGCUGCCAUUGCAAGCCUUGGGGACGUAUAUGAAGGAAAGUUGAAUUUCAAAGUGUUUAAGAACACGGGUCGGUUUUUUGUAAUUGGAUUGUGUGAGGGACCUGAGAUUAUAUUUGUACAUCUUGUACAUUACCAUUUUUCCCUAAUUAGGCAUCAUACUUUUUCGUUUUUAGGGUGAGACACAAAGAGAUUCAGAUGAAGCUGAAAUUUGAGUAUUUGAUUGAAUAUAUAUAUAUAUAUUUAUAAAGAGAUAAAAAGGAAAAAACUGGAGCUAUGGAUUCUAUCUGGUAAGUGUUUUGCAUAGCAUAUGAGUGUGUUUUUUGACCUGUACUUUCCAUAAGGCUUUGGAGAUUGUGAUUUAUUACCAUAAUCGAUAGUAACAAUCAGAUGCAGCUUCCUUUAAAGCA